AUGUCGAGCACGACGCCGACACCAACGCCGACGGGCACGACGACGACGACCGACACGACGAGCUCGAGCGCGACGUCCAGCGCGCCGUCCAGCGGGUGCACGACGCGCGGCGGGCCCGGAUGCCGCAUCCCCACGCCUGGCUCGUUGUAUUUGCUGGUGUUCAUCAGCGUGCUGUUCGCGCUGGUGGCGCUCGCAUGCGGCUGCAUCGCGCGCGGCUUCUGGCGCCGCCGCCGUCUGCGCCGGCUCGGGCUGCUCCCGCCCCCGCGCAGAUGGGGCACCGGCGUCCGUGUCGGCCUGCGCGCGGAUGCGGCCGACGCGCCGAGGCCGGAGAUGUACGACUUUUAUGUGGAUAGAGAGAGGUUGGCGGAGAAGGCUGGUGUGGAGGGCGUGUGGGGCGUCAUUUCGCCGUUCUCGCUCACCUUCGUCUCCCCACCCUCCGCCUCGAUUCCUCCAACAAUGCCAUCGACGCCCCCUGCCGCACACUCCGGCGCAGUCUCCAGCCUCCCCAUAGCGCUUCUCGCGCAGCGCCUGGCCCGCCUACGGCCACCCGCUCCAACAGCUAGCACGAGCAAGAGCACCCCGGCCGGCGAGCCGCCGCCGCCCGCCUCGCCAGCCCUCGCCCGGGUCGCCUGCGUCAUCGCGAUGCCCGUGCCGCCCGAAAACCGGAGUGUGGAUAAUGAGCAGGAGGAUGACGACGACGACGAGGAACGUCCGAUGCCGCUCGUGGAACUCGGCACAGCGGAUGUCGAGCUCCUCGGGUGGGACGUGCGUGAUCGCGAUACUGAAAUGACGGCGCAAGCGCGCGGGGCGAACGCUGUGGACGGAGUGUGA